CAGUCCUUGCAUUCAAUACAUAUAGAUCUUAAAAGGGCCUAAAACCACUCUCAGUGAUAGCUAUUGUAUAAUAACGUUCAUACCACAGAACAAAAAGAGAAAUACUUUCAUCGUAGCAGUUGAAAAAUGUGCUCAGGUAGUUGCACUAUCAUAUUAACUAUUGUAGUAUGGAUUUGCAUACAAAGUCGAAAAUGCUUUGGAAAAACAGACAAUACUACGUCGAAGAACGACCAAAUGAGAUUGGAAGAUAGUAAUUUUAGCAAAGAGGUUGGCUAUGUUCUGAUCGCAUUGGUGUCAACAAUCUUCAUCAGCAUUAUUGUUGUAUUUGUGAUUCUAUGCCGAAAAAGAUGUUCUCUGUCUGGCUUAACAAAUGUAUUCAAGCACGGUGAUGAACCUCACAACAUAGAAACUGCUAAUGGUUGCAGCUUGGAAACAAGGACACGUGAUUUACAGAUAGAGAGUGCCUGUAAUAAUGAAACUGCAUCUGGCAGCAGCUUGGAAACAAGAAGACAUGAGUUACAGAGAGAGAGUGCCUGUAGUAAUGGUGAGUUAGACCUGGGGAAAAAAGAAAUAAGAAUAGUUCUUCUGGGAAAAACAGGAUCUGGAAAAAGCGCCACAGGAAAUACUAUAAUAGGAAGACGCAAAUUUGAAACGUCGACAAGUGGGUCAUCUGUCACAAAAACAUGUUCACACAAACAUACAAAUAGAUUUAAUGGCCAUAUUGUCGUUGUUGAUACCCCUGGAACUUUCGACACAAAAACAAAGAAUGAAGAUAUUCAAAAAGAAAUUUUCAAAUGUGUAGGUCUCACUUCACCAGGUCCCCAUGCAUUUAUUCUUGUUCUUGCCCCAUCAAGGUUCACACAGGAAGAAGAACAAUCCGUGGAGCAUUUUGUAAAUUAUUUUGGCGAAAGAGUUUAUAAAUAUUUAUUUGUACUUUUUACAAAAAAAGACGAUCUUGAUUAUGACGGAACUCACAUUACUGAUUAUAUAAAAAAUGCUCCUGAAAAACUUAAAAUACUGAUUCGUAAUUGUGGUGGAAGAUUUAUUGCAUUCAAUAAUAGACUUGAAGGUAAAGAACGAGAUGCACAAGUUGAGGAACUAUUGCGAAUGAUUUUUGAAAACUUACACUUUAAUCAGGAUGAUUGCUACACAAAUGAAAUGUAUGAAAAAGCUGAAAUCGAACUUCAAAAAAGAGAGUCAGAAAAAAUAAACUUAUUAAAAAUGGAACAAGAUGAAGAACUCAAAAAAAUAAAAUUGCAAAUGGAAGAAGAGUUUGGAAAACAGUUGAGAGAAUACGAAAAAUUGAUAAAAACGAUAGAACAAAAGUUAGAAACAGAUUUAGGAAAUAAAAAGGAUGAGACUGAUAGAGAAAUAAAUGAAAAAAGAAAGGAUGAAGCUAAUAAACGAAUCGAAGAGCUUAAGAAACAGCAGAAAGAAGAAAUCGAAAAGUUGAGUCGACAAUUUCAGGAAGACUUUGAGAAUAAAGAGAAAAACAUUCGUAAUGAUGUCCGCAAAGAAGUUGAAGAAGAAAAAGACUUUAUAACAAAAUCUUGGGAGUUUAUAAAACCAACAGUUGUAAAUUACAUUUCCUCAUGGAUUUGGUGGAAUGGUUAAAACGCGUUCAGAUUCAGAUUUUUUAAGACAGUAUGAGCUGCAAUUUUCAUGCUAAAAAUUUGUUUAUCGAAAAUGUUAACUACUACUAAAAUGACAAAAAAUACUGUGGUUCUUUAAUUUCUGUUAGCCCUAUUUUUGUGGUAAAAACCAUUAAGAGCUUUAAUUGAAGUAAACUUGAAUUAACUUGAAUUAUUGUCGUCCUGUACAACAAUUCACCUACUAUUUAUUCCUUAGAAGAGAAAUCCUACUUCUGACAAAAUUAAAUAUAUUUUCAAAUCGUUUUUAUCAUUUAAGUUUAAGUUACAUGCAGACUUAUCAUACUAGCAGGUUUUUGCAGCAAAGUAAAAUUCUAAAAAAAUACAGCUCAUUUUGCUUUAAAUAAAAACAAAACCCAAACAAGUGAACAUGUGAUUGAUAAAAU